AUGGAAAAGUUAAAUAUAUUAGAAACAAAAGUUUAUAAUUUGGAACAUCAACUUGAAUUUACAACUGAAAAAUUAAAUUCAUUAAAUGAAUCAAUCAUUAAUUUAAAAAUUAAAAAUGAUAAUAUUAAUUCUAUAAUGUUAAAUAAUGAUAUUGACUUAAAUGAAUUAAUUACAAUAAAAUUUAUACAUUUUGAAGAAAUUUUAAUUGAAAGUGAAUUUAAUAAAACAAAAAAUAUUAAAAAUUAUGAAUUAGAAAAAACAAUAAAUUGGAAAAAAUUUGAUUUAAAUAGAGAAAAGAAAUGA